UAAAGUGCAGUCAAAAUAAGAAUAUCAAAGAGUAGAUAUGGAUUUAAAAAUAUUUUUGAUUAUUAUUUUUUUAAGUUUUUCAAAAUUAACCAAUGUCCUUUCUAUAGAAAAUAAAGGAAAUAAUGACACUACAGAAGAUUUUCGGAACAUCUCCAUACAGAGUCGACAAAAGAUUUUAUCGUCAGGUCAAAACAGUAUUAAAUUCUAUCCAUAUCCCAAGAAAUAUCAAAUACCAAAUUAUAUAAAGUAUGGUAUGUAUGGACAGCCUAAUUUUUACAAACCAGCAUAUUACUAUCCCAACCAAGUGUAUCCAAAUUUCCAAAAGUAUGGUUCCCCAAAUGACCAAAAGUAUGGUUCCCCAAAUAUAACACAGUCAAUAAUGGAUGUGUUAUAUUCAGUCGCCAGAAAUGAUGAUCUACAAUGCAUUCCAAGAAUAUUAUGCGAGAUGACUACAGGUACCUUUAAUGGUCGUCAGAUCGGUACAAAUUUACCUUUAAAUAUAGAUAUGCAGUCUCUGUUGGGGUUCUUAUCAUCACUGAAUGGUUUAUCAAUAAGCCCCUUGGUCUAUUUCGGAAGAGCAGCAUUGUUGGGGUAUACAUCAAAGGGCAACAAAGGAUCUUGUACCAGUGCUUAUCCAAACUGCCCUUCGGACGCAGAUAAGUUGGUUCAGUAUCUAAAUAAUUACAACGGAGGGUUUUUUAGAUUCUUCAACGGGUUGAAUCAACAAAGCUACGUUCCUCACCAGCAUAAUGAUGCAUUUUACAAUAAUUUUGGACAGAACUAUUAUGGUUCCAAAAGUUCAGCUGAACGAAGAAUUCAAAACAAACCUAUUGUUUACAUUCCCAGUAAUAGUAUAGAGCAAAAUAGUAUAUUCAAAUUUCCAGAAGAACAGUCCAACUACAGGAAAUCUAAGACUCUACUGCAAUCAAGUGAUAAUUUUAAUAAUGUGUUCAAGCAGCCUGGUAAUCCGUUAAUAUUUCCUAAUUACAAUAAUGAAUACCUUAAGGAAAGUCAUAAUCCACUGUACAGUCAUAGUGUAAAGCAGUUUGAAAAACCUGAUCCAAAUCAUAAAGCAUCCUUACUUAUUUUUCCUGAUAGGACAGGCACUGGAGAGCUUAUCGUGGAUUCGGCAGAGUUUGAAAAAGAUCAUGUAGCAUAUGAAGAUGACGACAUAAAAAUUAAGUACAAUAAUUAUCAGAAUCAUAUUACCAAAAACAGCAAUUAUUAUAGGAAUAUGUAUGGUAGAUUUGCGUUUCCAGAUAAUUUGGCUUAAUUUUUUUAAUUACGCUUAUUACAGGCACAAGUACGAAAAACAAGCGUUCCUAUAAGUUAUAAUACUUACUUAGUUAUAAUAAAGAUCUCUUAAUUAGCAGUAUUUCCAUUUCAAUUUUAAAAUUUUACCUACAAUGAAUAGGGUACAAUGGUUAAAAAAUGAGUUAUCUAUGUACUAGUUAACAAUAGCAGCAAAAUCAUUAUUAAUCACAACGAAAUAAGAAGAAAAUAGCAACUACACAUAUUCGAGUUGCUUGACUUCUUGCUUCUUCUUAUGUAUUAGCUCAUAUUAUCUUAUGUCAUAGAGCAGCCAUGGCAUGCGUCGACUACUAACGCUAGGCUUUCUUAAAAUCUUUCUCUGCAUGAUAUUAUGCAGAACCUAUUGUUCCUCUCCUCACGUGGUCAAGGUCUCGUAGUUUUCGUGUCUAGAUUUGAGUUCUAUUUCUCUUUCUUCGCAAGACUUAUUAAUUUUGACUAUUUUUCAUUCGCGAAAACACGAUAUAAAAAAUGUUAAAAUUAGGAAAGCUAGUAGUCCAGAUGAUAUACCAACUGAGUGCUGACAUUACCAGAUAACUUCAAAGUAUGUAGCUGUAAAAUUGUAUAAUGCAAUAUUCAACACUGGAGUGAUUCCCAUAGAUUGGCUCAAGUCUAUCUUUGUCGCAAUACCUAAAAACACAAUGCUAAGGCAUAAUUUUGAAUUUUUGAAUUCUAUAUACUUUUUUGUGAUGCAGGUAUUAUUAAAACGUGGGGCAAAUUAAAGGGAGAAUGGAGUGAGAGGAUGGAGAAAACAGGCACUCAACAGGAAAAGAUGGAAGAUAUUUGGAUACAGGUCAUAGCUCACGAAAAGUUGUAGCACCACCUUUUAAUGAAAUUAUAUGUAGGUUGUACUCUGUACAUAUCUUAGAUACUGCAAUAUUUUGUUUCAUAAGCACCAUUUAUUAGAUACUUCUUGUAAGACAUAUAGACAUAAGACGAUGUUCCUUACUGACUAUCCUAUUAUCAAGAAAUCUUUAAAUAAAGUUAGUACAUUUUACCAAAAUGGUAUGACCAACAUCUAGUCCACGAUUUAAUUCCUAUCGAACCGCCUAAAAAAUUAUGCCAAUGUAAUAAAUUUUGAAAUUAAGAAAAAUUUAGGGAAUUAUAGGCGAAACUGUUUUUCGUGCUUGUAAAUGAUAUCUUGUUAUACAUUUUUAACUACAGAUCAUUGUAAAUAUAUCUUUUAUAGUCUGCUUUUUAUAUUUAUAUA